UCUGACGAUGAGAUUCUCUUUCGUGUUUGGUGUGAUCUUCUUUCUCUUAACCCUACUUUUAGCUUGUGAUCGCCUUCGAAGGUACUGGUUUUGCUCAAAUUCUCUGGCCGUCGGAGAAGAAAGCAGCUCCGAUGGCGUCGUCGACGGCACUGAUCAUGAAAGCACUUUACAAAGAAACUCGAGGCCGCUUUUUUACUCCGAGGCGAAAAAGAUCAGUUUCUUCAAUCCUUUUUCGUCUGCUUCUUCUUCUUGUUCUUCAUGUUGUUCAAUCUGCUUCAUGGAUUAUAAAGAAACUGAUAAGUUGAGAUUGCUUCCUAAUUGUGGCCAUCUUUAUCACCUUCACUGUGUUGAUUCAUGGCUCAAGUUAAACCCUACUUGUCCCUUGUGUCGAACUUCUUCUUCUGUAGUUUCUAGGCGGGACACAGUGAUCAUCAGUGUUGCUUAGAAAAUUAGGUUCGUUGAACAGUUCAAAAUCACGAGGCGAUGAACACAAAUCUAGACUCUGUCUAAAUCAAAAUUAGACGAU